CGCACCAAGUAGCCACGUCGCGCUUAGCUGGGUUCCAAGUGAGCUACUAGGUACGCAGUGACUAGCGGUCACGAGCGCGCGCCCAUGGCUUCCACGUCGACGAGCUUCGUGGCCAUGGCGCUCGUCAUGGCCGUCAUGCUCAGCACGUGCCAUGCCGCGCGCCUCCUCGCCGACGUUCCGGCCUUGCCCACACCGAUGCUGCCCCCCGUGCCCGUCGUCCCUACAGUCCCCGCCCUGCCAGGCGGCGUCGUUCCCACGGUGCCCACCGUGCCGAACGUCCCGACGGUUCCCACCGUGCCAGGCGUCCCGAAGGUGCCGACAGUUCCCACCGUGCCCGGCGUGCCGACGGUGCCCACCGUGCCAGGUGUGCCGACGGUUCCAGUACCUGGCGCCGCCCUGCCGACCAUCCCGGCGGUUCCCACCGUGCCAGGCGUGCCGACUGUGCCGGUACCUGGCGCCGUCGUGCCGACAGUGCCCACUGCGCCGAGCGUGCCGACGGUUCCCACGGUGCCAGGCGUUCCGACGUUGCCUAUGCCGUCCGUCCCCGGCGUGCCUACCUUGCCGCUGCCGCCUAUGCCGUCCAUCCCCGACCUGCCCAAGGUGCCACUGCCUCCGAUGCCGUCCGUCCCUGGCGUGCCCAAGGUGCCACUGCCGCCGGUGCCGUCUGUUCCCGGUGUGCCGGCCGUGCCAUAGUUCCUUGCACCUCCACCGUCGACGGACCAGACGUACGUACGUGCCCACAUGCACGAUUUACGAGUGUAAUAAAACUGUAACGUCCAACCACCAUAUGGUUACUUUAACUUGGUAGUAUUUGUUUGAGCAGCACUUGUGUCUACGUGUGCAAGUAAAAAAGAAGUACACCCGCUUGUGUACGUGUGUGGUA